AUGUACCCCGACCCGCUCAAGGUGGUUUCCCGCAAAAUCACAGACAGCAUCGUGCUCAGCUCGAGCGGAUUCCGCCGGUUUGGCAAAAUCAACUUUGGUGCUCGCAUGGCCUUGUUCAACUACAACGGCUCCAUCGUGGUGUGGCUGGCGAUGCCGUACGGCGACGGCGUGAAAAAGGCGUUGGAGCUUUCGGCGGAUGGAAAAGACCCCCAGGUUUCGUACGUCAUCGUUCCGGACAGAGAACACACAAUGGCUGCAAAAUCGUUCAAGCAGCAGUUUCCAGCGUUGAAGAUCAUCGCCAUGGAGGGCGUGGACUUGGGCCUGGAGGCGCCGAUUGACCAUGUGAUCAAGGCUGACGUCAAGGAGAAGAUUCUUGAUAAGCUGGCGCUCGAGCUGAUUGGCAUCACGGACCCUGUGAUCGUGGACAACUUCGAGUUCGUCUACCUCCCCAGCCACGCCAACAAGGAGCUAGUGAUGUACGACAAGAACCUGAAGAGUGUCUUCCAGGCGGACUUGCUUUUCAACUUGCGUGCUGACGAGGAAAACGAGCAGUUCACCAAGGAGGUGGGCCACGAAGGGAGCGCUUUUUCCGGUUUCUCGUACCCCGCCAAGUACAUCAAUCCCGACAGCAAAGUGGGCCGUUUUUUCAUGAACAAGGCCGCCAGCUCGUCCAGCGGCGCCGAGGGGCUCAGAAACAUCUAUAGCUGGGAUUUCGACAGGUUAGUCAUGUGCCAUGGGUCUGUUUUCGAGACUGGCGGCAAGGAGGCCGAAACCACCCCUAAAUCCGCCGGCGUGGUGGCCGACGAGCAGUAUGCCGGACAGCUCUACGCCCACAAAAUCUACCAGUACUACCAGGCGUUGGCGGAGAAGCACGCGGUGGUGAACAAAAAGUGUGGUGAUAUCUCCGAGAGCAUCUGGCCUAAUUUGACCGGCGACACGCUUAUUGGUCCAGAGAAGAUCGGGCUCCGGUCGGGCUCGUUGUACUUGAUCGACGACAAGUUUUUGACGACCUUUGACGACGUGGAGGAGCUCCAGGAGGGUGAAAACAACCUGGGGUACACAUUUUUCAGAUUGGGAUCGAGGAUCUCAGGUCACCCCAAGAUCGUGCACGGCGGGCUUUUGGCCACGUUGUUGGACGAGUUGACGUGCCGCGUGGCGUUCCAGAACUUCCACUCCAAGAAGGGCGUGACCGCCAACUUGAACAUCAAGUACUUGAAGCCGUGCUUCGUCAACCUGUACGUCUUGAUCAAGUGCACGUUUGUCAACAAAAAGGGCCGCAAGUGCAUCACCAGGGGCCAGGUGUACCAUGUGGACUUGGACGCGGAGAUCGACGGCGAUAUUGCUGAGUUUGUCGAGUCCAAGGAGAAUUUAGCCCAAAUGGGUUGA